AUGAUAGAUGUUUUAUAUUCAGAUCGAUACGAUUGGAACAAUUUCGAUGAGAGACGAGCGUUUGGCGCCUCGGUAUCACUUUAUGAGAAGAAUCCGCUGACAGGUGUCAAUGCCGGUGAACCUGUGGCUGAUGUCUGGGGUGUCGUUGGAAGGAACAAUAACGGGGUGCUAGCGCUUGCUGAUGGUGUGAAUUGGGGCGAAGGAGCACGUCUAGCAGCACGUUGUGCAGUACGUGGUGCGAUUGACCAUAUGAAUGAGCACAUCGAGAUGGGCAAAUUGACGAAUACUACGGAAGUGUUUCAUGAAUUGCUGGCGUCAUUCCAUUCGGCUCACUCUUUGAUAUUACAAGAAGGUGGAAUGUUAACGACGUUGUGCGUGGCCGUAGUCGCACCUGCGGUGCAUUGCGACAGCUGGGUCCUGUGCGUGUGCAAUGUGGGUGAUUCAUUGUGCUUCGUCUAUAAUCGUGACUAUGGUGUGCGAGAAGUGACGAUGGGCAGCCAUGACAUUGAUCAGAUGCGUGAUAUGCGAGAUGCUGGCGGUGCUCUUGGACCAGUUGACGGACGGAAUCCUCAGUUACAUAACUUGACGUGCAGCAUGACAUUUGUUGAAGAGGGUGACAUUGUGUUUAUUACGUCGGAUGGUGUAUCGGAUAACUUCGAUCCGGUGGUUGGGAAAUUUUGCGUCAUAAAGCGAGCGGAAGUUGAAAACAAGGAGAAUGCACAGCUACCCCCUCGAGACAACAGAAAGUUGUCAGUGUGA